AUGCCGUUCCCGAAUAUCAUUUUUCUACUCGCAUCUUUGCUUCUGCUAAAUUUCUUCGCAACAAAUCGACUAGUUACAGCUCAGGAUUGUAUCCAUGAGAUUUGUACAUUGGGCGAGGAACCGAUUGCUUUCCAAACACCAACUUAUCCAUCUCCUUAUAUCAAUGUAUCCACACCCGUGAAACUUCUCUCACUGAGCGUUGAUCCUAAAUACGGUUUCGGGAUUGACUAUUUUCGUUUUGUGACCGAAGAUGAUGAUUAUCUCCUCUUUUGUAAAGAUGACGACUACUCAGAUUGUUAUUACACUGCUGAAGACGAUCAUGCGAACUUCGGGACUCCAAUUGAUGAUGGAAAUCCAAUCAAUAUAAUCUUGGACACCGAUGUUUUGUAUAUCUACUUCUGGCCUGAAAGUAUUUCGAUUGCUUAUCCGGGAAUUCUUGGAAAAGUUACGAGAAUUGACAAAACGAAUCAACUCUUCAAUAAUUGCCAACGAGAGCAAGAGAUUGAUCUCGAUACGAUAAGUGGAGGAUUCUAUGCAUUGGCAUCGAAUCAUCUCACUGAUCGAAAACCCAUGUACGAUGUGAAUUGUCAAACGAAAAUCAUAGCUAGUAAAUCGACGAAUAUUCGAGCAGUUAUUCAUAUGUUCCAUUCGGAACCGACCGAAACACUUGAAUUGACGGGAAUUCCCGCUGAUGGAAAUGAUAUAAAAACGAGCACACUUUCUGGAAACAUUCAAGAAAAGCCAUACUAUUUCCGAAAUUCGCUGAAUAUUUCUUAUGCCUUUACAGCUGUUUCCCAAUAUUACUAUUAUGUUGUGUUCUCAUCCUAUAAUGAAAGUCCCACUUAUGACCAAUGCUUAAAUCCCGGCACAGAAUAUCCACCUCAAACAUACAGUGGAGUUGGUUCAAUGUUACUCUUCGGACAAGGCAACGAUGUGCAGUUGAGUUUUGCGAGUGAUUCGACUGAACAAUUCACCUACAUGAGUGGAGCAGCUAAAGCCAUUGAUUGCACUUGUCCACCAUCAGGACAAUUGAAAGGUGGUGACGGAGUGGAUGUGAUUUUUGGUUACAAUCGCGAUUUCCCAUAUUGUCUGCCAAGUCUUUGUGACACUACGAUAUCAUACCCUCGAACUACAAUUGUCAAUGUGAAUACCCAACAUGGUAUGCUGCCAUUGAGUGGUCAGCUUUUUGAAGUCUAUGAUGUAUUUGGUGCUUGGAAGUAUUACCCAUCAUGGAUAUCCGGGGAUUUUGUUCGAGUCUUUUUGAACGCCACCUACUCUCCUCAAAUCCCAAAUUAUAUAACAGAUCGAUAUGGAUACAAUGUAUCAAUGAGGGCUAUUGAUUUGUCACUGCAAUAUGUCAAUGUCGACCUGUGCGCCGACACUUUCGCUCAUGUACACGGGAAAAUGCUAAAGAAACCCUUCGAUGCUGUAGUCUAUCGAUUGAGUAUUACUAGCUGUCCAGAGAAAGUCAUUCAAUUUUCCGAUUAUUACGAGAGGCGGGCGGAAAGUUAUCUCUGGGAUUUCUAUGAGGGAGAAUUCAACGAUGGGAAACAUGUACAACUAAGCUUAGCAACUCCAACUUUUUCCUCCAAAGUGGUAUCUGUAAGAAUCGCCAAGUUUCAAGAUACCAACCUCGGUAGUCCAUGGAUGAUUUUUGGCUCAAUUUCUUUCUAUGUCCUCUUCCCUGAUUCAUCCUAUGAUUGCUACCAUCCUGGACAAAGAUCGAAUUUACGGUGGUCCCUCAUCAUGCAACAAAAGUCUAACAAAAGACAUUCUCCCAACGAUGGAUUCUCAAAGAAUUCUCUUCAACUAUCCUUCUUGAAUUCGAUUCCAAAAACCUCAAAACUGUCCAUAUCGUAUUUUGUCAAUGACGUUGCACAGAAUCAGACUUUCACAAGCGAUAACUCGUCUUGCUACUUUUAUUCGAAUGGCCCCAAUGUGACACUGUACUAUGAAUGGGAACAAUGUGGAUCACUCGAAUAUGUCAAUUACACGGAAUGUGAUCCCCUAUUUUUGUUGAAAUUUGUACAAACGGGAUCUGUAACGCCUUUAACAACGACUUCAACAGAGACAAAAGCAACAACAGCGACAACAGCGACAACUACUAAAACGUCAACUCAAACUAAAACUACAUCGUCAACU